AUGGCGCACUUCCCCCCCAUUGACGUUGCCACCAUUUGCGCAGAGCCGCCCAACAGCACAGCGGCAGACGCUAGAUAUACCCGCAAGGUACGCGACGCGCUCAAGCACCUGGCAAAGCAUGACGGCACACACGGCUACGCCUUCUGCUGGGGCUACACCGUCUUCCGCACCGUCUACACGCCCGGUUCCGACGAGCGCGUUGUCGCCGCCCUGGAACGCCUCGCCGUCUACGCUAGCUACUUUGUGACACACGACACGCAGCUGCAUCCUCGGGGGCCGGCCGGGGCCGAGACCUCGUUGUUCGACACGCGGCGCCUGAAUGAGGGGCUCAUAGGCCGCUACUACAGCGAGCUGAUCGACGAUGAGCAGAGCCUAGCGGGCCUCGGCGAGAGCGAGGUCGGCGAGCGCUUCGACGCGUGGGUAGCGGAGCAUCGCAGUCGUCCGAUGACCGCAGGCAAGAUGCGUGAGCAAAACACUAGGUUUGAGUUUUGUUUGAUGCUUGACGAGGAGAGCCUCGACAGCAUCCUAGCACUGCCGCGGAACCCGUACACCCCAGCCAGUCGCGAUGGUGCUGAUGACGAAGAGGACGAGGGCGAGUGCUACGUCAAGGUCGUCUCGAACAGGAUCAAGUCGGAAGGCGAGCCUGGCGCGGUCGGCAGAUACUGGCUAAGGGUGGGUGUUUUCGACUUUUUGUGGCCUAUGUGGUUCUUUCCAUGCGACCCAGACGUCUUGAUCGAAGAGAUGGGCGUCUAUGACCCGGAAGACGGCGUCCAAAAUCUUUGGGGCACGCCCGACGACUGGAUUAUGGGGUACAUGGCUGCACCCUCUUGA